UGACCACGACUGUGCGAUCGCGCUCGCUUAUUUGAAAAUGUCGUUCAUUGAGAAUGAAUCUGACUGGCUGUGCACAGAGAUUCUGCCUGAGCUUUUAACAAAGGGGCUAUUAGUGGAUAACUACGACGAUGCAAAUCUGGGUACCUUUCAAGUGAGCGAUAUAGAUAUCAAGAUGAUCGGAGCCGAGGAGGCUUUCAUGCUAACCCAAUGCUAUCGGGCCACAAUCAGUUUUGAUUACGCCGGAUUGCGACAGCAGAGGAAACUGGUUAUUAAGAAAACGCCACCGAUUCCCCCAGAAACUUACGACUCCAUUUCUUUUGAUGCGCUCUUUAACAACGAGAUUCAGUUUUAUACAAACAUUUUGCAUGAAAUACAAAAGAUUAGUGAUGGAAAAUUUGCUGCCCCGAAGUAUUAUCACAGUGAGAUCAAACCAGGUUUUGCUCUCCUCAUAUUGGGAGAUUUUGCGGAAGAAGGCUGGUCCAUAACCAAGGACAGAGUUGGUCUGAGCCUAGAGCACGUACGCAUUGCCGUGAAAUAUCUAGGUAGUUUUCAUGGAUUUGGCUACGCUUUAAAGCAUUGUGACAGCGACAAAUUUUUCCAACUGUCAGCUAAACUUACGGAACCGAGAUAUGCUGAUGAUAAUAUACACCCGGAAUGGGGGUUAACAAUACGGACAAGCUCGGAACGUGUAGCCAAAGCAGUUAAAAAGUAUCAGCCAGAAGUGGAUGAAGAAUUUGUAAAGAAGUGGGAACAGUUAACCGGCGAUUAUAUCGAUUACGGUCGAAAACGUGUAGCUCCCAGGGAGCCUUUGGCCACACUCUGCCACGGGGACUUUUUACGCAACAAUAUCGCGUAUAAGUAUAUUACUACUGGAGGGGAAGCUGUGCCGGUUGAUGUCAUGAUGUUUGACUAUCAAACGUUGCGCGUCUCUUCCCCAAUGAUCGAUCUUUCCGUAUUUCUGGCUAAUUCGGUAUAUGCCAAUGUCCGCCAAAAGUAUUUCGACAGUAUAUUUAAUGAUUACUGCCAGGCACUUGCUAAAAGUUUUACAGAAUACUCCAAAAAGGAUAUACCGGAAUUUUUGAGUCGAGACAAUUUAAUAAAGGAGUACAUACGAUUUUUGCCAUAUUCUUUAGGAAUAUCGGCAAGCUUUCUUAUGACUCUUGUGGACCCACCGAAUGUUACAUCAGAGGAAAUGUUUAACAACCAACGAACUGAUGAACAAGUCAUUAACGACACAAUGACUCGGGGUGGAGAAGUUGUGGACAAAGAACUGGCACAUCAAAUCAAAGAAAUGCAGGACCUGAGUCGCCUAUACCAAGUUGAAAUUGACGAAAAUAUUCUUUAAAAGUCAUGAUUUUAUGGAUCGUUUGAGUAUUUGAUAUGGGCAUUCAGCAAAUUAAAUAAAGAAAUAAACAUUUAUAGUCACAA